AUGCUCAAAGCUCUAGGUCUGGGAAAACGGGGCGGCGACAUGCCCACCAAACCCCUCAACAAUUCGACCGUCUCGCUUGCCAUCAUGGACGACGCUCUGCGGGUCGAAGAGGCAUUUAUUGCCAUGGACAUGGUGAUGGAUGACCGAAGCAAGGAGGCUCUCAAGCUGAUCCAGAAGGAUGAGCCCGGAUCGAGCGGCAAGUCUGUAGCCCGAGAACAGUCGGCCUUCUACAAGCUUGUUAUCGGAGUCAUCUACUUCAUCGAGGCUACUCUGGGUUUCGAGCCUGAAAGCAUCCGCCGUGCCUCUGAAGCUUUAGCGGAAGCGGAGGCUGCAGCUGUGCGGCAAAAGCGAAACGUGUCCAACAACGGAGCCCAUGUUAGCUAUUCCAAGUACCCUCCUGGUACCGAGUACCGAGUGGCAUUCGCAGAGGCCGAACUCAUGGGAGCCAUCACGCUGUUUCUGUCAGAGUCUUAUCUGGAGUCCGUCAAGGCCCUCUACAAACUGCGAAAGGCAUACCAGACGCUCGAUGAGAUCAGCAAGAGCAUCAGAGAGUCCAAGAAGCCCGCCAAGAGCUCGGAUCACAAGUCUACUCUCGAUUCGCUGAGCCUGGCUGUUUCCGAUGAUCAGGAAAUGGCUUCUUUGGUGGAAAAGUUCCAAAAGACCCGGCUCAACCGACUCAACGAGAGCAAUAACGCCACUCCUGUUGCCUCGUCUGCUGCCUCCAUGAACACCACUACCUCUUCUGCUACGGCUCUCCACCAGGGAUCAGAAACCAUUGAGGAGUUCAUUGAGUCUGGCGUCGAUCUGUGUUUCGGUAUUCUGCAGCUCGUCAUCAGUAUCAUUCCCCCCACACUGGGCAAGAUUCUGUCCGUUGUUGGAUUCAGAGGCUCCCGAGAUGGUGGUCUUUCUCUGCUUUGGGAGGCCACGAACUAUAGAAACAUCCACGGAGCUUUGGCCCUGCUUGUUCUGCUGCAAUUCUACGACGGUCCAACCCAAUUCUCCGACCUCAUCCUUCCUGGAACUGAGGAAGAUCUCAUUCAGCAGGGCAAGUACGACAUCAACACAGCCGACGAUACCGAAAUCACCCUCACAGCCACCAUAACCGGCGGAUCCGGACACUCCAAGAAGGUGCAUACUCUGCCCAAGAAUCCCCGACGUCGAAUGCACAAGCUGUUGCUUGCCGCCCGAGGCUACUACCCUCAUUCGGCUCUGUGGAUGCUUCAACAGGGCCGAAUGGAGGCCUCUCAAUGCCAUCUGGAAAAGGCCGUGGAUAUCAUGGACGCUGACAUCGGCCCCAUUGAGAUGAAGCAGGUCGAGGCUCUCAUGUUGUUUGACAAGACCAUGUUCAUGCUCUUCCUCAACCGAUACGAGCAGUCUGCCACCAACUUCAUCCGUCUGAUUGAUAUCAACGCCUGGUCUCAUGCCUGGUACACAUACGUGGCUGCCACCUGUUCCAUUGAGAUCUACAGAGAAAACCUGCGUGCUGGAAACGCCGAGGCUGCUAAGAAAGCAAAGGACACUGCCACCCGGCUGCUGACAGAGGCUCCCGGUCUGAUUGGAAAGAAGAAGCUCAUGGCCAAGACUAUGCCCAUGGACGUUUUCCUGUCGCGAAAGAUUUCCCAGAUGCAGCAGCUUUCAAAGCAACACAACAUUGACCUUGUCGAUGCCGCAGGCGUGUCUCCUGUCCAGGAAGUUGUCUAUUUCUGGAACGGAUACGGAAAGAUGCCCGAGUACGCUCUGGAGAAGGUUUUUUCCGAGGUAUUGGCUUACUCUGCUGCUCCUCUGGCUCCUAGCCAUAUUCCCGAGCAGGAUAACGAGAAGACUGUCAGACACUUGUUGCAGGCUGUGGCUCUGAGAAACAUGGGUAAGGUAGAGGAGGGGUACAAGAUACUCAAUGACAACGUCAUUUCGCAGAUUAUCACUGAGAGCAACAACAAAUACCACUACAACAAGACCGUGACUCACAAAGACCCCUGGAUGCCUCCUUCGGCGCUGUAUGAGCGUGCCAUGUUUGAGUGGGUCAUGCAUGGACCCAAGGGCACAGAGACUGUCCGAGAGUGGCUACAUCUGGCCGAGAAGUGGUCUGAUGACUACGAGUUGAGUACGCGAGUUGGAAUGAAGAUCAAGUCUGCCUUUGAGCGUCUUGAUGGAGGUGCUCUUGCUUAG